CGCUGAGGGGGCGGGGCCAAGCGUCGCUGGGCCUGCCCCGGAGGGGGCGAGUUGGUAAACAGAUCCGGAGCGCGUGUUGGGCGCCAGCGGUAGGGCCAGCGCGCUCGGAGGCCGCGCGAAGGUGACCGCGGAUCCCUGGUGUCUGCAGCCGGCCUGGAGGAUGGCUGCCAUGUUGGGAGAUGCCAUCAUGCUGGCCAAGGGCCUUGCCAAGCUGACCUGGGUGACCUUGGAAACCCACCUCCAGCACUUGGGCCUUGGCGGGGAGCUCAUCUUGGCAGCCAGGGCCCUGCAGUCCACGGCCGCGGAUCAAAUUGGCAUGGUCUUGGGGACGGUGCAGGGCCAGGCUGCACCUGAAGAACCUGCGCCCACCACCGAGAGCUUUGAGGACCUGGAAGGCGAGCUGCACUUUGCGGGGUCACAGGUGGCAGGGACCUCCACAGACUUCUCUGCGGCCUCCACCCCCGACCCGCUGGCUCCAUCCCUGAAUCCUGCCCACAGUGAGGGCCCGGCUCCUGCCUAUGUGGGCAGUGGGCCCUUCAGGGAACCUGGCUUCCCGGGCCAGGCGACUUCCCCACUGAGCAAAGUCAAUGGCAGGCUCUUUGCAGAUCCCAGAGACUUGUUCUGUGCCAUGGGCAGCCAGCGAAGGUUCUUCCACCAGGACCAGUCCCCCAUGGGGGGCCUCACAGCUGAGGACAUUGAGAAGGCCCGGCAGGCCAAGAAUCGCCCUGAGAGCAAGCCUCACAAGCAGAUGCUCAGCGAGCGGGCCCGGGAGCGGAAGGUGCCAGUUACACGCCUUGGGCGGCUGGCCAACUUUGGAGGUCUGGCGGUGGGCCUGGGCUUCGGGGCCCUGGCUGAGGUUGCCAAGAAGAGCCUGCGUCCUGAGGACCCCACAGGGAAGAAGGCCGUGCUGGACUCCAGCCCCUUCCUCUCGGAGGCCAACGCUGAGCGCAUCGUGAGCACACUGUGCAAGGUGCGCGGAGCGGCGCUCAAGCUGGGCCAGAUGCUGAGCAUCCAGGAUGACGCUUUCAUCAACCCCCACCUGGCCAAGAUCUUUGAGCGUGUGAGGCAGAGCGCCGAUUUCAUGCCGCUCAAGCAGAUGUUGAAAACCCUCAACAAUGACUUGGGCCCUAACUGGCGGGACAAGCUGGAGUACUUUGAGGAACGACCCUUUGCAGCAGCCUCCAUCGGGCAGGUGCACCUGGCCCGCAUGAAGGGUGGCCGAGAGGUGGCCAUGAAGAUCCAAUACCCCGGUGUGGCCCAGAGCAUCAACAGUGAUGUCAACAACCUCAUGGCUGUGCUGAACAUGAGCAACAUGCUUCCGGAAGGCCUGUUCCCUGAGCACCUGAUAGAUGUGCUGCGGCGGGAGCUGGCCCUUGAGUGCGACUACCAGCGGGAGGCUGCCUGCGCCAAGAAGUUCAGGGAGCUGCUGAAGGACCACCCCUUCUUCUACGUGCCUGAGGUCGUGGAUGAGCUGUGCAGCCCCCACGUGCUGACCACAGAGCUGGUGUCCGGCUUCCCCUUGGACCAGGCUGAAGGGCUGAGUCAGGAGAUUCGGAACGAGAUCUGCUACAACAUCCUGGUACUGUGCCUGAGAGAGCUGUUUGAGUUCCACUUCAUGCAGACAGAUCCCAACUGGUCCAACUUCUUCUAUGACCCUCAGCAGCACAAGGUGGCUCUUCUGGACUUCGGGGCAACGCGGGAAUAUGACAGAUCCUUCACCGAUGUCUAUAUCCAGAUCAUCAGGGCUGCUGCCGACAGGGACAGGGAGACUGUGCUGAAGAAGUCCAUAGAGAUGAAGUUCCUCACUGGCUACGAGGUCAAGGCCAUGGAAGAUGCCCACCUGGACGCCAUUCUCAUCUUGGGGGAGGCCUUUGCCUCGGAUGAACCCUUUGAUUUUGGCACCCAGAGCACCACCGAGAAGAUCCACAACCUGAUUCCCAUUAUGCUGAAGCACCGUCUCAUCCCACCCCCAGAAGAGACCUACUCCCUGCACAGGAAGAUGGGCGGCUCCUUCCUCAUCUGCUCCAAGCUGAAGGCCUGCUUCCCCUGCAAAGCCAUGUUUGAGGAGGCUUACAGCAACUACUGCAGGAGGCAGGCGGAACAGCAGUAGCUCAGGGCCAUGGCUGCAGGCUGUCCCCUACACGAAGCUCAAUCCCAGAGGUGGUGGUACAGAUGCCAACUCUGAGCCCUGUGGCCCGGCACGAAAGGGAGGAAGGUGCCAUGGAGCCCCCAAUGCCAGGGAUAAACAUGGUUUUCACUAAGUGGCUGUCAGGUAACAAGUGCAAGAAUGACAGUGAAAUUCCACUAUCUCAACACGCCCCCUCCUUGGAACUGUAGGUAAGAAAGCAGUUUUCUUUUUCCUAAAGUGAAUGUUAACCAGGGUUAAGAGUACUGACUCCUUCAUCUCUGCCACCAAAACCAAAACCAGAGAAAAAACUUUUUGGAUUUUCUCAGCUGUGCAGUGUGAGGUCUGUGUGUUUUCAGAAAGCAUUUGUGCUCUGCACCCUCUGCCCAUCCUGUGUGGUCUGGAGCUGGCAGAGGUGCUGCUGCUUGACCACAGAACAGCCAGGACAGCUCCAGCUGGACCUUACCCUUGGAAAACGGAAGCUACCCUCUGCAUCACGGUGGGGGGAAAAGGGGCUGUGAGGCACAGCUCCCACCUGCCACUGGAAGGUGACAUAGCAAGGGUCAGCCCUGCCUGUCCCCCGUGCAGGGCCUUGGACAGGACAGGUGUCACUGCUUACACUGGAGGGUCAGCACAGGCUCUGGGGUUUCGUAUGAGUCUUGUAAUGAUCUAAUUUACAUUGUUUCUGUCCAAUAAAAAAGUGCCUGUGAAA